AUGCCGGGCGGCCGCGGCUGGCGGGCGGCUCGGCUCGGCUCGGCUCGGCUGGGCUCGGCGGCAAUGGCGGGCGGCGGGCCGGGCGCGGCGCGCUGGGGGCGGCGGCGGAGCACGGCGGCGAUGGCGGCGGCAGCGGCCUUGUCGCUAGCGCUGGCCCUGGCCUGUCUGCUGUUGCUAAGAGGAGCGCUGCUGGGCGCGGCGGCGCUGGGCGCGGCGGGGGCCUGGUGCGCGAUGCGGCCCGGCCCGCUCGCACCGCGCCCACUCGGGAAAACCGCGGCCAACGGGAACCCGGCCGCUACCUCAGGCCGGCCCGUGAGGGCCCCUCCGCGCCGCUUCGGCCUCGGGGCCUCGCCGGCCACGCCGCGCUGCCCGCCGCAGGGCCCGCGCCGUCGUUACCCGCUGCCGCAGGCCCUCAGCACCGUUCCGGUUGUCCUGCCCGCCGCCCGCUGGGAGACGAGCUGCUCGCCUAGGAGCGCGGCCUGGCUUCGCAGGACCGGCCCCAUCCGCAGUCCGGUCACCGUGAGGAUCGCCCGGCCGGCCGCCAGCAUGGCCCGCUCCCCGGCUCUGGAGCAGCUGAUGUCACCCAUUGCCUCACCAGCCAACAGCAGCCUGGACCCAUGUGCAAAAGAGACUGUGCUGAAUGCCAUCAAGGAGAGCAGGAAGAGGGCUGUGGAACGAGAGGAGGAGGAGGAGGAGGAUCAGGCAUUUGGAAACAAUCAGGAGAGCAAGAGAAGGCGCCAUGACAGCAGUGGAAGUGCACAGUCAGCAUUUGAGCCACUAGUAGCCAACGGUGCCCCCACCUCUCUCAUACCCAAGCCUGGCUCUCUGAAGAGAAGCCUCGUCUGUCACUACCCAGAUGACUGCUCCAACAAGAGGUCAUGCACCUCUUCCACGAGCUCCCUCAACCACAGCUACACUGGUGGGAUCCCCAGCUCCAUCCGCAACGCCAUCGCCAGCUCCUACAGCUCCAGCCAGGGCCUCGCACAGCUGCGGAAGAGAAGUGAUGUGAGUGUGUCCCCACUGUCCAGCCCAGCCUCCUCCCGCUCCCAGACCCCUGAGUGGCCCCGCAAGAAGCCCAGGGAGGAAGAGUCACAUCGCUCCAACACUUCCACACCAGUCAAAUCAGACAAGGAGCUGCAGACAGAGAAAGUGGUGGAGACGCCGGUGCGGAAGAAGAGGAACUCACUGAGCCCAGCCUCGGGGAGCAGCGGGAAGCGCAAGCGGAAGAUCCAGCUGCUGUCGUCGCGCCGGGGGGACCAGCUGGCGCUGCCCCCUCCACCUCAGCUGGGCUACUCCAUCACCUCGGAGGACCUGGACGCGGAGAAGAAGGCAGCGUUUCAGUGGUUCAACAAAGUCUUGGAGGAUAAGGCUGAUGUGAUCCCCAGCACCACUGCAGACUCUACACCUGUGUCCAGGCCGCUGGCGUUCACUGUGACCGCCCCAGGGCCCAUGCCUGCCUUGACAGCUCCUGCCCCAGCCACCACUGACUCCUUCCUGGACAGCCUGAAGAAGAUGCAGAGCAGCCAGGCUGUGCCCGCAUCAGCAGACUCCACUGGAACUGCAGUAGUGUCCCAGCUGCCUCCAUCAGCUGCACAGCCGCCUGCUCCUGCUGUAUCACAGGAGUCUGGUUCUCUGCCUGCCACCUCUGCUGACAUCAAGCCCGUGCCUGUGUUGAGCACAGCUGCCCCUGCUGCCCCUGCUGCCUUGGGGCUGCAGGCCCCCAGCAGCCUGGCACCAUCUGCAUUCACAGAGCUGGGCGAGACCCCCAGCAAGCCUCCCGCUUUCCCGAAGCCGAGCAUCCUUUUCGGGAUGCCAAACACCCCUCCUGCCAGCCAGCCAGCAACGACCACAGCCACUGCUGCGCCCACCACAGCCACUGCUGCGCCCACCACAGCCACUGCAGUGCCCAGCACAACCCCUCUCUUCAAACCCAUCUUUGGUGCUUUGCCAAAGAGUGAGAGUGCUGCACCCUCUACGGCUGUUGUCUCUGCCACAGUCACCGUGAGCUCAGGCCCUUCCUCAACAUCCACCCCCAUGUUCAAGCCUAUCUUUGGCAGUGUCACCACAGCUUCAUCUCCAGUGAAGGUCUCUCCUUUUGCCUUCAAACCAAUGUCACAGCCAGCCUCAGCCACAGAUCUGCCAGCAGCCUCCACAACUACCCUGGCAGGAUUCACAGGUCUUCCUAACGUCAUCUUCACCACUGCAGCUACAACUUCCACCACGCAGAGCUCCUCCACAGAUGCCACCAUUAAACCUGUCUUCAGUUUUGGACUCAACCCACCUGCCUCCACUGGUCCCACCACCAUCACUGCUGCCACAUCCACCAGCAUGUCGCAGCCCUUUCUCUUUGGAGGCCCGACUAGCUCAGCUACCACAACAGAAAGCAGCUUUGCCACACCAGCGCCAGUGUUCCAGUUUGGAAAGCCACCUGCAGCUACAGUCACUGCCACCACCAGUGUCCCAGGAGGCCCUGCCUUUGGCCAGGCAUCUUCAAAUUCGACAGCUCCUACCACCACUGUGGGCUUUAGCAUAUUUGGGGCCACCACACUGACUACUUCUACCCCGGCCACCACCGGUCAAGCAACGCUGACGUUUGGCUCCUCCAUUUCAGCUUUUGGCAGCUCGUUCAGCACAAGCACGAAGGCACCGCCACCGUAUCCCAGCGCAGCGACUCAGCCUGCCUUCAGCACCGGUGCCGCUGAGAGCCAGCCUCCCGCCAGCAAACCCGCUGCUGGCCCGGUCACCUUUGGCCCCCCGUUCAGUUUUGGAGCCCCAGCGGCCCAGUCCAUCACUCAGCCGACGUUCGGUGGCAGUGCUCAGCCAGCCUUUGGCACAAGCAGCACUCAGGGCUCCUUCGGCACCAGCAGCACCCAGGCAGCGUUUGGGACCACCACGUCAGUCUUCUCCUUUGGGACGGCCACCUCCACUACCGCCAGCUUUGGUUCCACCACCCAGACCACGAGCAGCAGCGCGGGCACUGCGGUCUUUGGCACCACCCCUUCUCCUUUCACCUUUGGAGCAACCGCCCAGCCAGGCCCCUCUGGCAGCGCCUUUGGGAUCGGCACACCUGCCCUGGGCAGUGCCUCUCCAGCCGUGGCAUUCAGCUUCGGGGCUGGGCAGAGUGGGGCCUCCCCAGCGGCGACGCCCUUUGGCUCUUCCCUGGCACAGAGCACGCUGGGGGCACAGAACCAGAGCACGCCCUUCGCCUUCGCCGUGCCCAGCACGCCCAACAACAAGCCGGCGUUCGGAGCAACUCCCACGCCCACUUUUGGGCAAAGCACGCCUGUCCCAGGAGCUGUGGGCAGCGGGAGCAGCAGCCUUUCCUUCGGGACACCCAGCACCCCUGCCUCGGGCUUCGGAGGAGUCGGCACUUCCUUUGGUUCGUCCACCCCAACGUUUUCCAUCGGGUCAGGCUCCAAGAUGGGCACUCGCCAGCGGCUGCAGGCACGGAGGCAGCACACCCGCAAAAAGUGA